AUGGGUUUAGAAGCCCUUGUGGAAUCAUAUGCAUUUUGGAGACCAUCUUUGAGGACUCUGACAUUUGAAGAUAUACCUGGCAUUCCAAAACAGGGAAAUGCAGGCACUUCUUUACUCUCUGGAUCUGGAGCUGCAGCCACUCAUCCACAUCUUUUGCCAGGUUCUCCAUGUUCUUCUCCUGCUUUCCACCUUGGAGCAAACACGAGUCAGCUUUGCAGCCUAAAUCCAGCAGAUUAUUCAGCCUGUGGUCGAUCUGGCCUUGCACUUAAUAGAUACAGCACUUCACUUGCUGAAACAUAUAACAGACUCACCAACCCAGCCAAUGAAACCUUUGCAACCCCAAGAACCCCUUCCUACGUUGGAAUGGCAAGCAGCACCGCAGUAAAUAUGUCUAUGGCAGGAGCUGACAGUGACAACUUUGGAUGUCCUCAAACAAGCUUAUCUAUGCAAAUUUCAGGAAUAUCUCCUCAGCUCCAAUAUAUUAUGCCUUCACCAACGAGCAAUGCAUACAGCAGUGGACAGCCGCACCAAAGCUCUUACAAUGCCUUUCGGCUGCACAGCCCAUGUGCACUGUAUGGAUAUAACUUUUCCACGUCUCCCAAACUAGCUUCUAGUCCUGAAAAAAUUGUCUCAUCUCAGGGAAAUUUUUUGGGCUCAUCUCCAAGUGGAACCAUGACUGACAGACAAAUUCUACCUUCAGUGGAUGGGGUUCAUCUCCUUAGUGGCGCUGGACAGCAAAAUUUCUUUGAUUCCAGAGGUUUAGGAAGUCUCACACUAUCAACAUCUCAAGUACCUGCACAUAUGGUUUGA